AUGAGUUUGGAAGAAUUACAUAUUAAUGUGAUUUCGGGUUGAUUUAAAAGCCUCGCCGUAUUAUGUAAGGGACGUGGGAGUGUGUUAGAUUCGAACUGACAGGAGCUUCUGAGAAAAAAAUCUCCCCGAAGUUUUUUCCCCCCCUCGGUGUGCGUGUGGAAAGCUGUGCGUUUUCCGCGGCUCGGCGGGGACUAGAUAAAGCAGGACACAUCUGGGGGAGAGCAAGUCCACCCACUCCUGCCCGUACCUCACUCAUCUUCUUGUGCUCUUCUAUCCGCGCUCCUCGCCUGCGGAGAAGAUCCGCGGAACAGAGUGGAGCCGAGACUCGAGCGGGACUGAGGUCUUGUCACCACUAGUAACAGGACCUGUCGGACCUCAGUUUUUAUGCGUCUUUUGCUUAAUCUUCGCUCAAUAUGUUCACGAUGAAACGGGCCUUUCUGUUAGUGGUGGCUUUGUCGUUUAUAGCAGAUAACCAGUCGCUUCCAACGGUAAAAUCGGAGAGACGAGAGGAUUUGCUCAAGAGAUGCUUGGUAGAAGCCCUUUCCAUUGCACUUUCCAAAUCAGAAGCAACGCCAGGGCAUUCGGAGUGCAAAGAUCUCUUCAAAGGAGGUUCCAAACCCAAUGAGCUGGUGAAGAAGAGCGAGGAGCAGGUGCCACUCCCUGAGGGGGAGGAUGGAGCCCAGGAGGCAUCGGAGCUGGAAGCCAUCCGAGAUCUCCUCAGGGAGAACGAGGAGAAGCGCGAGGAGGCUGACGACGAGCGGAGCCAGGAAGCGUUCCCCGGCUACAAGAAGAAGAGAUGGCAUCUACCGGGCGCGGAAAAACGGGAGGAUCUGGGAGAGGACGAGCGUAGCCAGGAGGAGUUUCCUCAGUACCAGAAGAGAGGGCACAGCCUUCUGUCAGAGAAGGAGAAACGUGAAGAGGCAGACGAAGAACGCAGCCAGGAGUCAUUUCCAGGAUACAGGAAGAGAUGGGAGGAGGAAGAUGAGGAACGUAGUCAAGAAGCGUUUCCAGGAUACAAGAAAAGAGGAGAAGAAGAUGAUGGAGAACGUAGCCAGGAAGCAUUUCCAGGAUACAAGAAAAGGGAAGAGAGCGCUGAAGAGCGUAGUCAGGAGGCGUUUCCAGAAUACAUGAGAAGACACCUUUCAGACCAACACAAGAGGGAAGAGGAAGACGAGGAACGCAGUCAGGAGGCUUUCCCAGAAUAUGCCAUGAAGAGGCACCUUAAUCCGAAACGGGCUGAUGAUGAGGAUGAGGAGAGAAGCCAGGAGGCUUUCCCAGACUUCCUCCCCCAGAAGAGACACCAGGAGGAGGAAGAGGAGGAGGACAGAGAGAGGAGAUCUUGGAGAUCAACACGCCCACACCAGACAAGGCAUCACAAGCGUGGAGAUUUGUCUGAGGAUGAGGAAGAGGAGGAAGAUGAGAUGGAUAGAGAGAGGAGGUCUUGGAGAGGAACAAAACACCAAACAAGGCACCACAAACGAGGAGCAGACGCACCUGAGGAGGAAGAGAAUGAGGAUGAAGACGAGAUUGAUAGAGAGAGGAGGUCGUCUUGGAGAUCGUCACGCCCACACCAAACAAGGCACCACAAACGAGGAGUAGACGCAUCUGAUGAGGAAGAGGAAGAUGGUGAAGAUGAGAUGGAUAGAGAGAGGAGGUCAUCUUGGAGAUCGUCACGCCCACACCAAACAAGGCAGCACAAACGAGGAGUAGACACAUCUGAUGAGGAAGAGGAAGAUGGUGAAGAUGAGAUGGAUAGAGAGAGGAGGUCAUCUUGGAGAUCGUCACGCCCACACCAAACAAGGCACCACAAACGAGGAGUAGACGCAUCUGAGGAGGAAGAGGAAGAUGGUGAAAACGAGAUCAACAGAGAGAUAAGGUCUUGGAGAGGAACAAAACACCAAACAAGGCACCACAAACGAGGAGCAGAUGCAGAACAGGAGGAGGAAGAGGAAGAUGGUGAAGAUGAGAUGGAUAGAGAAAGGAGGUCUUGGAGAGGAACAAAACACCAAACAAGGCACCACAAACGAGGAGUAGAUGCAUCUGAUGAGGAAGAGGAAGAUGAUGAAGAUGAGAUGGAUAGAGAGAGGAGGUCUUGGAGAGGAACAAAACACCAAACAAGGCACCACAAACGAGGAGCAGACGCAGAACAAGAGGAGGACGAGGUCGAUCCGGGGGUCCUAGAUGACGAGGAGCGUGAGGAGGCACUAAGGUACCUGGCCCAGAGAGGCAAGGAGCUGGGGGAGCGCCUACUAGCAGAAGAGGCAGAGGAGGAGCAAGAGGAGGCGCAUCAGCAGGAGAAGCGCAACCCCUGGAUCUAUCGAGGCUUCUACCACCCCGCUUGGUACAAGAGGAGCACCGCAGCAACCGCUGCCGCCACCAACAACCUCGCCCGCCUCCUCAACUACAAGAGGACCCAGCUGUCACACCUUGCGGUGCCACAGGGGGGCGCUGUGGCCCUGCAGGAAAGACCACUCACCCCAGAAGAGGAGAGGGAGCUGGCUAACCUGGCUGCCAUGGACCGGGAGCUGCAGCAGAUCGCCAGCAAGAUCCACAAGGGCCAGGAGAAGUGAUGGGUGUGGAGGGGACCCAAACACUGCUGAGAGAGACCAAAUGAGUUGGGGUUCCCCUUGCUGUUCUCCACGAUCUGACCAGGGUGUGCUGGCUUCCAGGCGCAGGACUGUAGAUAUAAACCUCCAUCGCUGUGGUGACUGUGACUUAUGGUAAAGUUUGUAAAAUCAAGUAGACAGCAACAUCAUCUACGUACAGUCUCUUUUGCUCUUCAGUUUGACGUUGGUGUGGCUCUGUGUGUGUGUGAUUGUUUCAGGUAAAGCCUUUGUAGACUCCCCGCUUUAGUUGUGACACUUACAAACCUGGAUGUGCAACAUGUAUGGUGUUCCCGCUUAUUCAUUUUCCACUUGAUAGGUACCGAUUUAAUUUUCCCAGAACAUACUGUUCCAUGAUAGGGCAACUUUGUAGUGGACACUAGGGUGGAUACGGACCAGUUCUGGCUCAGAGUCAGCACUGCUCUGGAAAAGUGAUGGUUAAAACCAUUCAGUAGACGAGUUUUGAGCAUUCUAUUAAAAAAUGCGUUCAACAUCUAAGAUUCUUGAAUUACAGGAUGGGCCCAGAUAUUCCUUAGAAUGUUUGACAACAUUUCAAACACAAGUGUGACUGUGGCUGUUGAUGGGUUAUAUAAUCGGUCUGCACACCCAGUACUGUCUGGAGAUCAGUGAUGGGAACUAGUAGUUUAGCCACAUCCUUAUUUUUAUGAAGCUGAACAAGAAAUGAAUGGAAAACUGUAUAAAACCUAAAAUGCACACACGUCUUGCCAAUGCCUCUGCUGUGUCAAACUUCGUACUUUGUGAAACUUUUUCGACGUUUGAGAAAACUUAACAGCAUGGGAAUGAUUAACCAAUCUGACUUUUGUGAUGAUUAUGCUCUUUGUUUGUGUGUUCAAAGUUCUCUAUGAUGUUCUGUAUGUUUGUGUUUGUUUCAAAGUCUGUUGUUGAUGAAGUAAUUUAAUAAAAUGAAUUAUUCUGGGACCAAAUUCCAACACCAA